ACAGAAGGUAACUUUACUUCAGCCUGAUAACAGUGAAAUGGGUCGUUAGCACAGAAGACUGAAGCCGGCAGCACUACGUGGUGUCAUGUAAUUUAGCAAUGAGAGAGUUUUAUCCACCUGACCAGAGCUGGUGUGGGCCAUGAGGAGAGGAUGACUGAGAAUGGAGAGGAAUGCACCCUCCAUCAGUCCGGCGAGGCUCCUGCUAAAGGAAACUCAGUUGCCAACGACAGCAAGCCAAUUAAGACCUCCUUAGUAGAUGUCAAAUCCCCCAGUGAGCACAAUGAUGAGCUAAAAAUCGCUGCUGCUGACAAACUCGCAGGCGGCGAGUUCAGUCCAUGCCAGCCUCGACCCCCUCUACUACCCAGACUGUCAAGAUCCAGCAGAAGUGGCUCGGUGGAGGAGACUGUGAGAACCAGGAGGCUUAGAAACAGCCAGGAGAGCCUGAGUGACCCGGCUGAGACCGGCUCCUCCACAGACUCACUUAGAGAAGACCAAACGGUUCCACCUCCGGGCGGGUUUGUCCUCAGCGGUGCCGUCGCUAUCAGGAACAACCAGGACUCCAAUGUGAGACCCCGCUCCGCUGCUACAACCGGUUCCCCAGUCUUCCGGGACAGAGGCAGCAGUCUCUCCGAGUAUGAAAGGAGGCCUCGCAGCCAGCAGAGCAACCCCACGGACCAUCGGGGGAGGUCCGCCAAGCUGCGGCUGUCCCCGGUGCAGCCCACGGGGACGUUGCCUGCUCUGGAGAAGAGCUUUGCGUCAGCCACUUUGAGGGCAGCUAAUAGGAUUGACAGGGAUUGUUUGGAUUAUGCCGUGCUGGCCAGGGAGAAGCUCGGGGAGAGACUCCACAGGAAUCUCAGCGACAGCCGGCUUCUGGAGAACAUGGGGUCUGACAGCGCCUCUGUCAACUCCAUGAGGUCCACCUACAGCGUGCUCAGCCCCAUCAGACCCCAGGAUGUGAGGAACAGGAGCUUUCUGGAGGGCAGCGUGCUGGGAAGCGGUGCCUUGCUCGGGGCUGAGGAGCUGGACCGUUACUUCCCCGACAGGAGAGUGGGCGUCUACGUCGCCACUUGGAACAUGCAGGGAGAAAAGGGCCUUCCAACCAACCUAGAUGAUCUCCUCCUUCCUACAGACUCUGAAUUUGCACAAGACUUUUAUAUUAUUGGGGUCCAGGAGGGCUGUCCUGACAGGAGGGAGUGGGAGACCCGUCUGCAGGAGACUCUGGGACCUUACUACGUCAUGCUUUAUGCAGCAUCACAUGGUGUUUUGUAUCUCACUGUAUUUGUCAGAAGAGACCUCAUCUGGUUCUGCUCAGAGGUGGAGCACGCCACAGUCACCACCAGGAUCAUCUCCCAGAUCAAGACCAAAGGGGCUGUGGGAAUCGCCUUCACCUUUUUUGGCACUUCGUUCCUCUUCAUCACAUCCCAUUUUACCUCUGGAGAUGCCAAAGUGUACGAGAGGAUACUCGAUUACAACAAGAUCGUCGAGGCUCUCGCUCUUCCGAAAGGCCUUCCAGAUACCAACCCUUAUCGCUCCACACCAUCUGACGUCACCACAAGAUUCGAUCAGGUGUUCUGGUUCGGAGACUUCAACUUCCGGCUGAGUAAAGACCGAACUGAUGUGGAGACGAUCAUGAACCGCACUGCAGGCGGCGAGAUGGGUCCUCUGUUGGAGCACGACCAGCUGUCCAAGGAGAUGAAGGAUGGUUCAAUCUUUAAAGGCUUCCAAGAGGCACCGAUACAUUUCUACCCCACGUACAAAUUUGACAUCGGCUGCGACAUCUAUGACACUACAUCUAAACAGAGAACGCCUUCAUACACAGACAGGAUCCUGUUCAGGAACAGGCAGGCCGAUGACAUUAAAGUGCUCAAGUACACCAGCUGCUCCAACAUCAAGACGUCGGACCACCGGCCCGUCAUCGGCGUCUUCCAGGUCAAACUGAGGCCAGGGAGGGACAAUAUUCCUCUGGGUGCGGGACAGUUUGACCGAGGCUUGUACUUGGAGGGCAUCAGGAGGAGGAUCACCAGAGAGCUGAAGAGGAGGGAGGCCAUGAAGAACCAAAGCAGCAGCACCAUCUGCACCAUCUCCUAAACUCUCCAGAGCAUGACCAGGCUGGACUGGAUCAGAAGCAGGCGAGGUGGGGCAGAUGGACCUAAAAAGGGAAACCAGAGUUGUCUUAACUACGUUGUAAGUUGCGAGCGAGCAGCGCUGGUGAAGCUGGCUGGACUUGAGGGCGGGGACCUUGAGGUCAGACAGACGGUGAGAGGCUUUGCAGACAGCAGUAGUCUGGCCUUUAUUUAUUCAGCCCUCUCUACUCAAACAUGACUGGGACAGAACUGAGGGAGGAGGGUCACCGUCGUGGCUUACCGCUCAGUCACACGCUCCGAUGUGGACUGAUUUAACCUUACAGACUCUGUAACUGCAUCUUUCUUUCAUUUUUUUUUUGUCGGUGUUUAAGAAGCAUCAUGAGUUUACUGAAUGCUACAUCAGUGUUCAAAUGCCUUGCGGUUUUUGUCAUCAAAUUGUGCACUAAACGCGGUGAACAUUUAGGCGUCUGACUUGAAUUUUGCUCGAGUGUUUUGGAGGGGAUGAUGUCGAGAGCAUGGCACCGAUGAAUGAGGUUACAACUCGCUACUGUUGAAUAUCAGGGAGAUCAAAUAUAUUUAUCGCUUUCAUUAAACUUUUCUCAAAAGAACUGACUUAGAUAUAUACACACAGAGCAUUUUAUUUAUACUGUAAAAGCCUGUUACUACGUUUUCUCCUAUUAGGCCAAGUGAUCCUUUGCAACACUAAAUCAAUGCCUUACCUCUCAUCUCACUGCUGUGUAACCUCAUAAACUAUAAACUGUUCAUGUACUGUAUGUAGCACAUUAAUGAACUUGCAUUCCCAGCAUGAAGAGCAGUCUGCUCCUUAAAAAAGUGCCUGUGGGUCUUGUUGUCAUAUUAUCAGGACCUGUCAUCUUUAUCUUUUUGUGUCACCUGAGAUGUAACGUCCUACAAUAAACAUUUCACUUGUUCAA